AUUAUUUUCUCAUAGCUCAUCAUCAAACACAACAAAAUGGGAUUAUUAACAUUUUUAGCUUGUUUGGUUUUGUCUUGGAAAUUCAUCAAUACAUAUAGGCAGAAAAAUAAGAAAGGCCCAAUAAAUUGGCCUAUUGUUGGGGCAGGCUUAGAACAAUGGGUGAAUUUUGAUAGGAUGCAUGAUUGGUUGGUUGAGUAUUUGGCUCAAUCCCCAACUGUUGUUGUUCCUGCCAUGACUACAACUUAUACUUACAUUGCUCAUCCAACUAAUGUUGAACAUGUUCUCAAAACAAAUUUUGAUAAUUAUCCAAAGGGUGAAGUGUACCAUUCAUAUAUGGAAGUUUUGCUUGGAGAUGGUAUCUUUAAUGUGGAUGGUGAGCUUUGGAGGAAACAAAGGAAGACUGCUAGCUUUGAGUUUGCUUCAAAGAAUUUAAGGGAUUUCAACACUGUGGUUUUUAGGGACUAUAGCCUUAAACUCUUUAACAUUCUCAAUCAAGCAUCUUUCAAGAAUGAGCAUGUAGACAUGCAGGAUCUGUUGAUGAGGAUGACUCUAGACUCAAUAUGUAAAGUGGGAUUUGGUGUAGAGAUAGGAACAUUGAAUCCAAAUUUACCAAAAAAUAGCUUUGCAAAGGCAUUUGAUGCUGCAAAUGUCAUUGUCACACUAAGAUUCAUUGAUCCUUUGUGGAAAAUCAAGCAAUUUCUCAACAUUGGAUCAGAAGCCAUCCUUGAUCAAAGUAUUAAAAAAAUUGAUGAUUUCACAUAUUCUGUCAUAAGAAAAAGGAAGGCAGAGUUAGAAACAAAUGACGAAAUUAAUAAGCAUGACAUAUUGUCAAGAUUCAUUGAGCUAGGAAAAGACCCUGAGAACAAUAUAACUGAUAAAAGCCUGAGGGACAUUGUCCUGAAUUUUGUCAUAGCGGGUCGCGAUACGACAGCAACGACUCUGUCUUGGGCUAUAUACAUGAUUAUGACUCACGAGCACGUAGCUGAGAAGCUGUACGCGGAGCUGAAGUCGUUGGAACAAGUCUGUGCUAAAGAAGAGAACGUGUCGUUGCAUCAGUAUGACGCGGAGGAUCCUGAAUCUGUCGAUUCGAGAGCCAUUCAAUUUGCAGGGCUCCUGAAUUAUGAUUCAUUGUCAAAAUUGUACUAUCUACAUGCUGUGAUUACAGAGACUCUUAGAUUGUACCCUGCUGUUCCUCAGGAUCCUAAGGGAAUAUUGGAAGAUGAUGUUCUACCAGAUGGAACAAAGUUAAAGGCAGGAGGAAUGGUGACCUAUGUACCUUAUUCUAUGGGAAGAAUGGAAUACAAUUGGGGUUCUGAUGCAGCAUCAUUCAAUCCUGAGAGAUGGCUUAAAGAUGGGGUUUUCCAAAAUGCAUCUCCAUUCAAAUUCACCGCUUUCCAGGGAGGGCCAAGGAUAUGCCUAGGGAAGGAUUCAGCAUAUCUUCAGAUGAAAAUGGCACUUGCAAUUUUGUGUAGAUUCUAUAAAUUCAAGUUGGUGCCUGGCCAUCUAGUCAAGUACAGGAUGAUGACAAUUUUAUCAAUGGAACAUGGAUUAAAGCUUACAGUUUCACUGAGAUCUUGAAAAUACAAAAUGUGUAAAUGUUUAUGAUGGCUAGAUUUUAAUUGCAAAUUGUAACUAUAACUUAUAUGGUUAAAAUAAAGUCUUUCAUGGAACAAUGAACAAUUGAAAGAAUUAUUGUCAGUACAAGAUUCGUCUUUAA